AUGGCUGGCCAGCAACAUCCAUUCCCAUCUGGGUUCCCUAGUGUACAACAAUCUGCAAUGAGAACGCAGUUUGGCGGAGGACAGAUGGUAUCUGGCUUAAUGGGGCCACAACAAGGUAGUAUGGUAAAUCCACAACAAUUUGGAGUUGGUGUAGGAGUCGGAGUCGGAGUUGGUGUAGGUGGAGUAGGCUCCAAUACUAUGGGUAUGCCCAGUGCUCAACAAGUAUUGGCACAACAGCAACAACAACAGCAGUCAGUUGCAAUGCAACAACAAGUACAACAGAUGCAACAGCAACAAUUACAAUUACAACAACAGCAACAAGCUGCAAUGGUACAACAGAGUAAUCAAGCAAGCAACCAAGCUACAACACCACAAACUCCUGUUCCACCUACGCAACCACCACCUCAACAACAACAACAAAAUAAAGAAUUUAACACUGCUAGUUUAUGCAGAUUUGGUCAAGAAACUGUACAAGACAUUGUUAGUCGCAGCCUGGAAAUCUUCCAAACAUUAAGAGUUCUUCAACCCCCAAAUGGCAUGGCACAAGGUGCAAAUUUAGCUAAUGAAAAAAAGAAUAAAGUACAGGAUCAAUUAAGGACACUUAAGUUAUUAUUUAGACGUUUGAGAGUAAUUUAUGAAAAAUGCAAUGAAAACUGUCAACUUCAAGGUAUGGAAUAUACGCAUAUAGAAAGUCUAAUUCCUUUAAAAGAAGAAUGGGAUAUGAAAUCCGAUGAGAAAAAGACUUCUGAAGCCUACAGACUUGCUUGUGAGGAAAGCAAGGAAAUCAUGGAACAAGUGGUAUUAAAAAAUAGACAUCUCAAGGAAAUCAUUGAUCACUUAAGACGUAUUAUUUCGGAAAUAAAUACAAUGUUAAAUAUGCGUCGUUCGUGAAUUGUAAAAUGUAAAUAAAUAUUUAUAUAAGUUACUAAAAAAAAGUUGAAAAAUAAAAGUAUUCUUUUCUAUGUAACAUAAGAGAGUUAAUAUUACUUACUUGUAUUUUGAA